AUGAGCAGCGACAAGCCAGCCGUCGAGAACCUCGACGAUAUCAGCGCCGAUAUGACGCAGAAGUCAUUGUUCGCGACCAUACGGGACCCAGAAGAACAUACGGAGCAGUCCCUCGCCUAUGAUCCGGCGCUCGAGAGGAAACUGAGACUUAAGAUUGACCUCAUGAUCGUCCCCACCGUCGCUCUCUUAUACCUCUUCUGCUUCAUUGACAGGGCCAACAUUGGCAAUGCUCGCAUUGCCGGUCUCGAGAAGGACAUUGGCAUGAGGGGUCUCGAAUACAACGCCACCCUGAGCGUGUUCUACAUCAGUUACAUCAUCUUUGAGAUUCCUGCCAACAUCCUCUGCAAGAUCAUGGGGCCCGGCUGGUUUCUGCCGCUCACCACCCUGCUCUUCGGCAUCUGCUCGGUCGGCACAGCCUUUGUGCACACCGUCCCGCAGCUGAUGGGAGUGCGCUUCCUCUUGGGCAUCUUCGAAGCCGGAAUGCUGCCGGGAAUCGCAUACUAUCUGUCGCGCUGGUAUCGCCGCGCCGAACUCGGCUUCCGCCUUAGCUUGUACAUUGUUAUGGCGCCUCUGGCGGGUGCCUUUGGUGGCCUCCUUGCGUCUGCAAUCCUCCGCAUCGACCACUUUGGCAGCUUGCACUCCUGGCGCAUGAUCUUCGCCAUCGAAGGGAUUAUCACCGUCUUGCUCGCCCUAUUAGGCUUCAUCACCCUCACUGACCGGCCCGCCACGGCCCGCUGGCUCACACAAGCCGAAAAGGACCUUGCCGAAGCCCGCGUCCGCUCCGAGCGCGUCGGCCAAGCCCACGUCCUCGACAAGAUAGACGCAGUCAAACUCCGCAGGGGUAUCUUCUGCCCAAUCACACUCACUACGUCCUUCGUGUUCCUUUUGGACAACGUCACCGUCCAGGGCCUCGCCUUCUUCCUGCCCACGAUCGUAAGGAACAUCUACCCGACCUCGUCGGUUGAGCGCCAGCAACUCUUCACCGUCCCGCCGUACAUCACGGGCGCCUUCUUCACGGUGCUCCUCCCGCUGGUCAGCUGGCGCCUCGACCGUCGGCAGAUUUUUUUCAUCAUGUCCGCGCCCAUGGCCAUGGUUGGCUACGUCAUGUUUCUGGCCUCCAAGGAACUCUCGGUGCGUUACGGCGCCACGUUCCUCAUCGCGUCGUCCGUUUUUGCUCUGGGCGCCCUCACCAACGCGCAGGUUUCGGCCAACGUCGUGUCCGACACGGCGCGCAGCUCGGCGAUCGGGACGAACGUCAUGUUCGGCAAUAUUGGCGGCCUCAUCUCGACGUGGUCGUUCCUACCGUGGGAUGGCCCGGAUUACCCGAUCGGUAACGGGCUCAACCUAGCGACCUGCAGCGUGAUGCUGUUGACUUCGACGCUGACCCUCCUCUGGAUGAAGCGGGACAACCGCCGGCGCGAGGGGAGGAACCUGGAAGAGGAAUUGAGAGGGAUCUCACAGGAGGAAGAGAGCAACCUGGACUGGAAGCACCCUUCGUUCAGGUGGAAGCUGUAG